GUUCGUUGGCAGCUAUAAAUUGCGGGCAUGUAUAUAUGCUGCCACAAGUCUGAAAAUCGUGUUGCGUUACUCACAAAUUCAAACAUCAAAAUGCUAAUAGUAUGCAAGUGUGCAAAUUGCGGUUCGGAGAAUGAUUAUACAGGGCAUCCGUCCAGCUGGCACCAGAUUUCUAUUUUUAAAGAAUUCUGAAUGAAGAGGAUGAAUCAAAUGACCUCGCCUUUUUUGGAGGGGCAAUGGAAAUCAACCAUUGGAUCCACACAUCUUAUGGCGUGUUUUAAACACUGCCAACGCUAAACAUUCUGCCUAUCGAUAUGCAGAAAAAUGAGAUUCCAUUUGAACGUCGAACUCUACAUAAUCAACAGAUCGUGAUAAGACACGUCCAGUAUUUCCACCCAGAUGAAGAAAUUCUAAAUUUAAUGGCGGCAUUGCUUUUCGCCGCAUUGUCCAUUAAAGAAAUUACGCAUCUCUUCAACUUUCAUGUUUUCUCGUCGACUUUCUCAUCGUUCGAGGACACACGUAGGACUGGAUUCUCCCGCAGCGCCUAAAUGGGAUAACGACAAACUCUCAAAACCGGAUAACACUGUCGUUCUAAAUAUGUAAGCGAUGCUUCUUCGGUAGGAGGAAGAAAGUUGGCUUGAUCUCGUGCUAUUUUGAGAACAAGUUCUACGCACAAUCGGAAGAAAUGUCAAGCGCACGACAGCGCUUCACAUUAUCUUCAGUGAAAAGAUUACGCUCGUUUUUCCCAUUCAAAAUAAGAAUUGCUGGCAGCAAAGUCGUAAAAGAAUUCAAUCGAUCGCGUGUCUACAGCCGAAUUGUUUAGCCCAUCUCACUUUCGUUCGAAAUUCCAGCCAUUGUUUGACCGUUUUCCAAAUAUUAAACAAUUUAUUUAAAGAUCAUCGCUCAACAACUUGACGCCGAAAGGGAACGCUCAAAAUUGGAAGGACGUAACUGGCAAAUUGGAAAAAAAAGAAAAGAUCGAUUCGCGCUUAUCGAUUAGCUGGAUGGUAGGACUAAAUGCCAAGUUUACACAAACUUCAUACCGACAUAAGGGCAGGGCUAGUGUUAUCAGGUGACACAUCGUUUCCGUUUUAUCUGCAACCGUUAUCAAUUUUAGACACAGUCUGCCAGGUGAUAAAGCGGCAGCCAGUCUGAAAAAAAAACACCAUUCGUGUCAAGAGUUUCCCCUCAAAAAAUGUGAAAGCCUCCCGUUUUUUAUUUUCCUAAGUUGAUUCGUGAUGGACAUUGUGUGAUCUUGUAACUGAAGAAUUUCACGAUGGCUUUAGUUCUAUCCAGAUCAGCCUUCAAACGUUUAUGUUUAUUGCCAUUAUUGUUGGUGUUCUUGAUUAUCUUCUUCUACCAUCAAAUCGCUAACAUUUAUCGCAAUGUCGAGUAUCAAGGAAAUAUGACAGUUGUCCAGAUGGCAUUCGAUUUGUUCAAACGUCAACCGGUGGACAUUUGUCGAAAUGUCGUACUGCUCAACGUUGGCGAUCCGAAAGGAGUCGAACUCAAUUCUUAUCCGCAAUCGAUCUGCGCUGAUUUAGGAUUCCAAAUUGAAGAAAACAAUUGUGUGGUCUACGUCAUCAAAACCCAGAAGAACGAAUGGUCUUUGGAGGACACCGUGGAACGAAUUGGCUGUCGAGUCUAUUCGUUAUUGUUGGCUUCCGACUCAACGGAAGUGACUCCGCGUAACCGAAGCAAUUACGUACAUUUCCACAGUCUAGGUGAACAAGAAUCAAUUGGAAAAUUCAUCCAAAAGCAGAGCACUAAUGCUACGUUGAUUGAUUACAUGAUGAUUCGAUUGGGACGCGGAGGAAACGAGUGGCGAAUCCUGUCCGAUCUGAUGGAAGGCCAUCUGCUGGAUCGCGUUAAACAUUUAUCUGUCGGCAUCAAUCUGUGUCCGGAUCGAUCGAGCUUCACGGAGUCGCACUUUCAGUACGUGCUGGACACGGACCGGCAACUAGUCGAUAAAUGGGACAUGAAAUUGUUCGAUGUGGCCAACGACCAAGAAACGUUUGUUUACAAUCCUGUCGUCAAGGCGAAGACUCACUGCGCUUCGCAGUUUGCCUGGAUCAAUCAGCGAUUCCGUCAGCUGAAUGAUCCUCAAUUUAAAAUGUCUCUAAACGAUUCCCAAACCACGUUUCUAGUCAAUUGAACAAUCGAUAGAGUCUACUUUUCUCUUUGAUGUUAUUUCUGUAGGCAUCAAUUCUUUCCUUCUCAUUUUUAAAUUCCAUUUUCCGAAUAGUUUAAUUAAACCAAACAUGACAAAUAAACAUGUUUUGAGUAUCUAA